AUGAACAAGGAUUGGCAUAGUGAUCAUUUUUGCUGUUGGCAAUGUGAUCAAACACUCACCGGACAGAGGUACAUAAUGCGAGACGAACAGCCGUAUUGUAUUAAAUGCUACGAGGAUGUGUUUGCAAACCAAUGCGAUGAGUGUGCGAAACCAAUUGGGAUCGAUUCCAAGGAUCUCUCCUAUAAGGAUAAGCACUGGCAUGAGCACUGCUUCCUUUGUAAUAUGUGUAAAAUCUCCUUAGUGGAUAUGCCGUUCGGAAGUAAGAACGAUCGGAUUUUUUGCUCAAACUGCUACGAUCAAGCAUUUGCGACAAGAUGUGAUGGCUGCAAUGAGAUAUUCAGAGCAGGCAUGAAGAAAAUGGAGUACAAGGGAAAACAAUGGCAUGAUAAAUGCUUCUGUUGUGCACAUUGCAAAAAUCCGAUUGGAACGAAGUCCUUCAUCCCGAAAAACGAGGAUGUCUAUUGUGGUUCAUGCUAUGAGGAGAAAUUCGCCACACGAUGUAGUAAAUGCAGAAAGGUGAUCACCACCGGCGGUGUUACUUACAAAAAUGAGCCAUGGCAUCGUGAGUGCUUCUGCUGCACGCAUUGUAAUGUUUCUUUGGCUGGUCAAAGGUUCACGAGUAAAGACGAGAAGCCGUAUUGUGCAAACUGCUAUGGUGAACUGUUUGCGAAGCGUUGCAGUGCAUGUAUGAAGCCCAUUACUGGUAUUGGUGGUGCGAAAUUCAUCUCGUUUGAGGACAGACAUUGGCAUAAUGACUGUUUCAUGUGUGCUCAAUGCACAACAUCACUGGUAGGGAAGGGCUUCAUCACUGACGGCACCGAUAUUUUGUGUCCAGAAUGUGCAAAGGCACGAUUGAUGGCUGCCAACUCGUAA